GCGGUCGCGGACAUUCACCAGGUAGUUCGCCGAAGAGCCCAGUGAGGGUAGCGGGUGGCGGCAUGGCCAGAAGAACAAACAUGAUCGAGGAGAGUGGGGUUUUGGCUAGGUACUAUUUCUAUUGUGAAGAUUUCCUACUUUUCUACUUGUUAUUUUCUCGCAUAAACAAUCAGGGUAGUUGUGGUUUAUAAGCUCUGAUAACUCAUACUUAAAGAAUGCAGAUACACCUCCAGGAGGUCAACGAUAAUAUUCCAAUCACGUCUUUGAUGAUUUCGAAGUAAUCCCUUUUUCUACUUCAUCCCAGUCUCAACGAAGAGAUGAUCCACGACAAGACCAACGCGCAACUCAAGUCCAACAUGACUGCUGGUAUGUGGGCCAUUGUGACCGCUAUGGUAACUGGGAUGGACGCCAUCGAUGCCAAACAAUUUGACAACCAGUACAGUCCUUCAGCUAAGAAGAGAAAAGAAGAGCGCGAGCAAGAACGCAUAGCACACCUGAUAAAAAUGCAGCAAGAGCGAGAAGAGAUGGAGAAACAGCAAACUGCUGCAGCUGCUGCUGCUCAGGCUGAACAAGAAGCAGAAGGACAGACAACUACAGCAAGUGCUGGAAGUGGACGAGUGGGAAAAACCACAUCGUCAUCGAAGCAAGCAACAGGACAGCGUGGAUCGCGUCCGAACUCCUCCUCGCGACCUAACUCUCGAGCGAGAUCCAGGCCUACAUCUAGUGGUCCAGCUUCUAGGCCUAGCUCUAGACCAGGAACGACAGGUGAAAAGGGUACUACACGAGGACCUUCUCGAAAAGACGGACAGAGUGCUGGUGGAGUAGAUGUAACAAACACAUCAAGAAUAGGUAAUACUUCAACCGGAGAGCAGCACGAACUACAAGUGGGAGUAGCAGCAGGUGGAGGUGAAGAUAUGCAGCCAUCUGCUUCCCUCACUAUUAGGGCUACAAGGCGUCCAUCUUGAACUUGAUCUAUGCUUGAUCUUCCCCAGCAUCUUUGUAGUUUGUCCCUUGUUUAGAGGGAAAAUGGGAACCAGGAUGCUCACCAAGAUGGAAUUUUGUAGGUUCCAACAGUAGCAACGCUUCUUCUUUGAAUGAUCUUUCACCCAUCACGAUGAAAGGAAGCGAAGCAGGUGGAAUAGCCUCGUCUGCGUCCCUGACGAGUAUGCAGCGUCAACUAGGAGCAGCACUAGGUUAAGGCUUUAGUAGGCACUCACUGUCGCAGCUAUAAUCCCGUAUGCGGUGUGAGGUCUUUAAUAUCAUGUAGUUGGCGGUGAACAGGAGGUCGUCCUUACCCAGUUGGCGCCGUAGUUGUGAUUUGAAGAUGAUAAUUUUCGGGGAUAUUAAUUUUAAUCAUGGAUGAAGCAACUCAAUCAGCUUCAUCAGAUGGUCGUGAGUGUCUGGCGUUAACUAGGAGAUGACGAGACAGCACAAAGACUUCUAUUCGAAGGCACGACAUUUGAGGGAGCUGAUGCAGCAGGCUCAGGGAUGCUGGCUGUGCGGAAGAUGAGGAGUAACAGAGAGCAAGACGAGAUCGAACAGAACGCGAAGGAGAGGGCACAACUGAGACGCAAACGACUGCAGGCCAAGCAAUGGGAGAAGUUUUUAUCGACGUUCGGACAACCGGACAAUAUUGCGAAAUUCUCAGCCAUCCAAGUACCGAUCGCUUAUCGUGCACGCAUCAUGAUGCGCCGACGAGCAGUCAAAAGAGUGUUUGACUCUCUGUUAAGGACAUAAUUUUAAUUGCUUUGAAUUCAGAUUUUUACCUAAUUUCUACGCUGUAUGGUGAUACUCGACACAUAAUACACAUUGUAACUCCUCGACAGAUUGUAUGGUGAUACUCGACGCAUUGUGACCAGAUGAAUCUUCGACACAGAAUGAAUCUUCAAUCACCUAACAUAGAUACAAAUGAACCUAACAUAGAUAAGUACAAAUUAAUAUAAUGAAUCUUCGACACAGAAUGUGAAUGAUCCUAACAUCGAUCAUACAAAACUAGAAACCACCUCGUCUACCUCUUCCUCGUCCACCUCUUCCACCUCUUCUAAUUCCAGUCACGUGGAUUGGUGGAGGCAAGUUCAUGAUUGCUAUGCGCAAGUUUGCUGGAGCUAUGGUGAAAGUCCAGCGCUUUUGGAGACGCAGUGCCUUAAAACUCGACAAGCACAAGGACGAAGUGGAAGCUAGAUGGGUGCAGCUAGAACAUGCUUUGUUGCUAGAGGAGUUGGAGGCCAUGCAUAAGGAGAUGCAUGGCGGUGGUGGACAGAAUCAUGGUGGUCAUGGAGGUGCUGACCAUCAUGGACAACAUGGAGGACAUGGUAGCCCGAAGAGUGGAGGUGCAGCAACUAGUGGAUCUAAUAACAAACACCAUCAACAUGACGGCCAACAAGAACAUCCCCCAAAUCAGGAAUUCACAGGAAAUAAGAAAAAACGAAAUAUCCAGAACCGAGAAAAGCGACAUGUUGCUAGAGGCGACGAACAUCUAGUCGACGAUCAUGGUGUUGGCGACCAUGGUCAUGGACAUGGUGGUACCCGUAGCAAAGACACACAUGAUCAUAGAUCGGAAUCCAACUCAGGAGGGUCGAAAAAAGUACGUAGUGGUAGCAAGACUCGUGGUGGGACUAGCACGGAUGGUUCCAAAACACAUCAUGGCCACGCAGACGCAAAAGGCAGUAAACAGGUACCGGGAGGUCAGGAAUCAGGUGGAGACAAGGCGGCGGCGUCUCAUAGUAUGCCAGCAGCGAAGCCUGGCUACAGACGGCGUAGCGUGACGAACAGCAAAGAGCGACAGCCAGGAAGCAAAUCGAAAAAGGACGAAUACAAAAUCGAUUUCAGUGUACUACAGCAUUUUUCAAAAAUCGCAUGAUGAUCAACAUGUUGUAUCAUCUCACUCAUCUUGUUAUUUACUUGUUAAUAAUAUGUUUUACCUCCUCAACAUGAUCAAGUUCAAAUCCUACAACACUUCGUCCUCAGAAUCUCAAACUUAGAUGCAAUUGCGGCAUCUAACCUCUCUUUGUACCCACCAGGCCCACCUCAAAAGCUUAGAGACAAAGCCUGCCGUACGACGAUCUUUCAUUGCGCAAGAGCUGAGCGUUAGGAGAUAUAAUCUUGUCGCCUUUUUGAACGUUUACAAGACACGAAUGCAAGAUUGGUGGCGAGAAGUUUACAACUGGAGAGCGGAGAGGGAGGUAGAAUUCGAGACAUGCAUUAGCGUUAACAAUGGAUGGCUCAGUCACAAUACCAAAAAAUUAUUUCAUGAUUACGCUAUUAUCCCGCAAAAGUCUAGCUCUACUAGUCCUCUCAUAAUUAUUUCAUCGACUACUUACAAUUACAUGAUCCAUUAUUUCCAUUUCCUCCAACAUGACCAUGCGUCUCCGCUCCACCCAACACCAACAGGCGUACGAACUCCUCGACACUGCUGAGAAGGCACCUUCAGUCAUCUGGGAGUGUCCUGGCUGGCCUGUGCAUCACAUUCCCAACGACACAGAGUUAGUCGACAUGAUUCGACGUUGUAGGGAUGGUGAAGGCCCCAUCCAGUUUGAAAUUGGGAAUAACGCUCGUGGAGGCCGCGGAAGAGGUGGUCCUGAUUAUGAGGUGUAGACGGGACUGGAACUCUUAUAAUAUAAUAUUCAUCGGCUUUGGUUUCGGAAUCUCAUUGAUAGAAUAAAGGACGAGGAAACAACAGAAAGUUCUUAACAUCGAUCUUCAUGGUAGACAGGUGGAUGAGGAUCAUAAGUAUUCUAAUCAAAAACGCAUUUUUGAACAUCAUCUUCAUCAUACUAACUUCUUGUACAACUUGUUUGAAUCGAUGAUCCGUCGUCCUUUAGUACAACUACUAUAAUAUAUUAAUUACUUCGGCGAAGUAGAUUGAUACUCAACAUGAAGCCUCUACUCCCUCGGGACCUCUUCUUUCUCAAAAAUUCUAAUCCCCAGAUGGUGAAGAUGAAUUCAUGUCUCCAGGAGGCCGCACUCGGUCUGGCGGUGAGGGCUCAUCAUUUUCGCCCAGUAGAGGCCGUGCUGCAAACUUGAGCAACGUUUUUUCUGGUAGUCCAUCACUAGUGUCUUCCCCUUCUCCGGCAGCGAAAGGAUCGCAGCUAGGUGUGCCUGGGAUACUUAUGGCUUUAUUUUUUAAGUCAUAAAAAUGUCACUCAAUGUCAAUGUCAGUGACGAUGUCGUCGAUGAAUCAAUGGAGAACAAGUUCCGAGUAGAGUUUUCUUUUCAUACGUCGCAAGUUCAACUUCAGUAACUGCCCGGAGCACAAUCUACUUACUACAACAUUCCAACAACGAAAACUUCGCUCUUCUAACUCCAGCGGAGUACCCGCCGGCGCUUCUUCCACUAGUAAGCUGCGCGCGCAACAGGGAAGUAAGAGCACCUUGCCAGAGUAUUGGCAGAAGGAGUUGGCAACACCACGCGAGACCCGAAUGAAAGGACCCCUGUCGCAUCUGAUCUACAAUGAAAGCAGCCUAACGCGCUUACGCAGGGUGGUGGACGAAACAGCUGCGGUUGCACCACCGGAAGAGGUGUUGAUUAGGGCGCAACUGUAAUGACGGCAUCAAGCACCUCGUGGAGAUGCAGAUGAAGAACUUCAACUUAUAGUAAUAAAUAAGGGCACAACGACAACGACGACUGGGCUUAUCAUCGAAUUUCCGAAGAGAAUCAGGAGCAAGAUGUAUUUCUAAAACUAUUCGAAUUCGGAUUCAAUGUCUAUGAUUUCUAAGGGUAAGGCAUUGGCAUUAACGUCUAAACAGUGUGGAUCUACAGUAACAGAAGAUUCCAGAAACAGAAGAUGAUUCGAACAAUUAACAUCAUCAUGAAUGCAAGAAAUGCACCUGAUAGGAAGGUAGCCGAGUUUGAUUUGAUGUCUAAAUGUACGUAAUUUACAGCGGUUCUUCCAGUUUUAAGUCUGACAACGAAAAUAUAAGACUACUGAGAAAAAGGAGAAGAUCCGAUUUUGAAUAAGCUGAAAAGCAGCACAUUGUAUUGCAGAAAGAAGUGACUCUACUUUUUUUCGGUUUUUGUUUUUUCUAGUUAGGCCUGCUCCACCAACAUUAUCAUACAAAAAGACGGCGCUACUUGUACAGGAAAAAGUACGCUAUUUCUAACAGUCAUUUUACGGACAGCAGGAGCAGUCUAAAGCUGCGCUGCAGCGAUUAUUCUUGCAACCCAAUUGUGCAUGUUUCUAGUUCUAGUACUAUGUUAAUACUCUUAUUGAUUAGAUGAAACGACAGGUAUAAUUAAUACAAACUGCAUUCGAUUUCGAAUUGUUAUUUUAGAAUCUCUGCGUGGAGGAUGAAAAGGGAAAUUUCACUUGUUGCGAUAUGGUUGAUACGUCGUCUUUACACUUGCAGAACAUCCUUGCAUAGUACUUCUAAAUACACAACAUACACGACCACGACCACGAACAACUACAAAAAAGACGUGCUCCCUGUAGUAUGCUUGAAACUGAUGUUGCCAGGAGAGAAGAUGCUACGUAAAUCGUUUUACUUAGCUACGAC